CACACACACACACAUGAGAUUCCACUAUGCCAACAUAGCAUAGCUUCACCCGGUAAACAAACCCCCCUUUUUUCUUGCUCCUUUUUUCCUUCGUCUUCUUCUCUUCCUCCUACUCCUCCAUUCGUUCCUCCCUAGAACUAGACCUAUCAAACAAAUACCUACCGAUUAGAAAACAAACCAGCCAAGCAAGAGAUAGAUAGACAAAGGCAAAGCCAACCAACCUAUUCAAAAUGUCCACCAUCGACACCCUCAAAGACCGCACCACCCCCGUCUUCUCCCCCGACGACGUCACCGUCAUAUUCGUCCUCGGCGGCCCCGGCGCCGGCAAAGGCACCCAAUGCGAGCGCCUAGUCGCCCGCUACGGCUUCGCCCACCUCUCCGCCGGCGACCUCCUGCGCGCCGAGCAGAACCGCCCCGACAGCGAGUUCGGCGACCUGAUCCGGCACCACAUCCGGAACGGCCUGAUCGUGCCCAUGGAAGUAACAAUCGCCCUGCUCGAAGCCGCCAUGCGCCAGAUCCUCGACGAGACCUCGACCUCGACCGACGCCGCCGCCCAAGGCCGCAAGAAGGGCAAGUUCCUGAUCGACGGGUUCCCGCGCAAGCUCGACCAGGCGCUUAAAUUCGAGGAGGCGGUCGUGCCCGCGCGCUUCGUGCUGUUCUACGACUGCCCCGAGGCCGAGAUGGAGCGCCGGCUGCUAGAGCGCGGCAAGACGUCUGGUCGCGAGGACGACAACGCCGAGUCCAUCCGCAAGCGCUUCCGCACCUUUAUCGAUACCAGCAUGCCCGUAGUCGAUUACUUCGAGAAGCAGGAUCGCGUUGUCAAGGUCGACGCUCGUCUGAAGCCGGACGAAGUCUUCGCGAUUACCCAGAAGGAGAUCGAGAAGCGCCUCCACCUCUGAGUCUGAAUUGAGCAGGCUAUAUUUAGUUAGCUAGCUAGAGCUGGUCGUAAAGCGAAGCUUUAUUACUACGUUAGGUAGGCUUGUGAGCCG